AUGAGAAGCUUCUCAAAAUUACUUACUGUGCUGGUCUUUGCAUCUAUACGACUGGCAUUAUGUGGUCGAGCGUACAUGGAGGGGGACAGAGUCAAACUGUACGCGAAUAAAGUUGGCCCCUUCAGUAAUCCCAGCGAGACCUAUCAAUAUUACGACUUGCCUUUCUGCAGACCACCUGAUGGUCUUGAACACAAGCUUGAGACAUUGGGAGAGGCGCGAACAAGGCUGAUCUCCAGAUGUGCCACCAUUGUGGUGGAUGGUAACAGGCUGAUUGUGACCCCUUACGAUCUCAGCUUCAGGAGGGCGCAGGAGCAUGCGGUGCUGUGCACCAAGAACUUUGACAAGAAGGAGGUGCAGCAGUUCAGGAAGGCAAUUAGGGAGGACUACUACUUCCAAAUGUACUACGAUGACCUGCCGAUCUGGGGAUUCAUUGGGAAAUUGGAGAAGGAGGUGGUUAGCAACAGCCCAGGCGACUCUCACCUGAAGCACUACCUAUUCACCCACGUGCAUUUUGACAUCGCCUACAACGGGCAGCGCAUUGUGGAGAUCAAUGUGUCCACCGACCCCGCCCAAGUGGUGGACCUGUCUGAGGGUGUGGUAAGUGAUGACUCAGCGGUGCCUGCGGAGUUCACCUACAGCGUGAAGUGGCACGAGUCGGACAUCCCCUAUGAGAAGCGCAUGGACAAGUACCGUCGCUACUCCUUCCUGCCUCAGCACCUGGAGAUUCACUGGUUCUCCAUCAUCAACAGCUGCGUGACGGUGGUGCUGCUCACUGGGUUCCUGGCCACCAUCCUCAUGCGCGUGCUCAAAAACGACUUCAUCAAGUACACGCGCGACGAUGAAGUGCUAGAAGACAUGGAAGAGAGCGGUUGGAAGAACAUUCACAGCGAGGUGUUCCGCUUCCCGCCCAACAAAAAUCUCUUCUGCGCCCUAGUCGGCAGCGGCUAUCAGCUGGUGGCGCUGUCAAUCUUCAUCUUUGGGCUGGCUUGCGUGGGGGUGUUCUACCCCUACAACCGAGGAGGCCUGUACACGGCGCUCAUAGUGCUAUACGCGCUGACUGCCGGCAUUGCCGGGUACACAGCCGGGAGCUACUACAAACAGAUGGAGGGGGCCGCCUGGGUCAGAAACAUCCUGCUGACGUCCGUGGUCUUCUGCGGUCCGCUGUUCCUCAUGUUCUGCGUCAACAACACUGUCGCCAUUGUCUACCGGUCCACGGCGGCGUUGCCUUUCGGCACUAUUGUGAUUAUUACCCUCAUAUGGGCGUUGAUCACAAUCCCCCUGACCAUCCUUGGUGGCAUCAUCGGCAAGAACACGCGCACAGAAUUCAAGGCCCCCUGCCGUACCAACAAAUAUCCAAGGGAGAUCCCAGAGCUUCCAUGGUACAGGAACGCCAUCCCACAGAUGGUCAUGGCAGGUUUCCUGCCCUUCAGCGCCAUCUACAUCGAGCUGUACUACAUCUUUGCCAGCGUCUGGGGCCAUAAGGUGUACACGAUCUACUCGAUCCUGUUCAUAGUGUUCCUGAUCCUGCUGGUGGUGACUGCGUUCAUCACAGUGGCGCUGACCUACUUCCAGCUGGCCCUGGAGGACCACCGCUGGUGGUGGCGCUCCUUCAUGUGCGGCGGCUCCACAGGGCUGUUCAUCUACGGCUACUGCUUCUACUACUACCUGGCGCGCAGCGACAUGGGCGGCUGGAUGCAGACCAGCUUCUUCUUCGGCUACAUGGCCUGCGUCUGCCUCGCCUUCUUCAUCAUGCUCGGCACCAUCGGCUGGCGCGCUUCGCUCCUCUUUGUGCGCCACAUAUACCGCGCGAUCAAGUGCGAGUGA